UUCUUAAAUAUGUUUUUUCUAGUAUGCACAAAGACGUUUCAGAAGUGUUAUAGCAUAAUAUCACAACUCACUAACUGGAACCAGGCCCGACUGGAAUGCUUGAGAAAAAAUAUGUCGCUUGUGUCAAUGCUGUCAUUGUCUGAAAUGCGUUUUAUCAAGUAUUUGCUACGAGAGAGAAGAUAUCUGGACGGACUUCCUUCUAAAUUCUUUGAUGCCGAGUUUUACGUUCACAUAGGAUUAAGUCUUGGAUCAAAAUUUAGUUAUGAGUUUCCUAUUUGGGAUAACGGAUUUUACGCAACAUAUUUCACAGCAUGGAACAGACAGAAAGUUUCAAAAGGCAAUUGCACUCGGAUGAACUUUAAGCUUUUCGAUGAAGAUUUUACAUGGGAGUACGAGGAUUGCGAACAUAAACUUGCGGAAUAUACUAUGUGUGAAUACAGACAGCAAGGCACACGCACUCGUCAAGCAAAUUCGCUGUCUACUUGGGUUGAUACAGAAGUAGUUGUAUUACCGGAGCAAAUACCAGCUUCAGAGUAUAACAGCAAUAUAGAUAUAACAGUGUCUGGUAAAAAGUGCAAAGACUCACAGUGCGAGUUUAGUGAGUCCCUGAAAUUUGUUGCCUGUGUAAGCAUCGAUGGAAGAUGGGAAGAAUGUAGUGUCAAGCGUAUGCUCCAAAUUAAUAUUUUAUUUUUUAGUUUUCAUAUUAAACAGCAUUAAUGAAAAUCAGCUCAAUAAUAAAUCCUACAAAAUAAUUAUUAGCGUACCUUGCAUAAAAUCUUUAAUUGUUAUAUAUUAUUUCACAAAAAUACAUCGUACAGCUAUAAACUACGUUGGAUUUAUAGAAUUAUUACUACGCUUUCCAAAAUUAUAAUGCUUGUAAUAACUUGCCAAUAUAUUAGUACCCACCAGGAUGAAUUCAAGCAAUGUCUACUACAAAUAUUUGGGAAAUCAGAGUACAUCCUUUAGUGGAAAAAUAUGUCAAAGAUGGGAUGUAACGUAUCCACACAAGCACGAUCUACAUGGAAACCUUUUUAAGGGAGAGGGCAUAUCAGACGCUUCGAAUUACUGUAGAGACCCUUCAGGAAUGGGAUAUCUUUGGUGCUUUACAACAGAUGCAGACACAAGAUGGGAACCCUGCUCAUUAAAUGAAAUAAAAGCAGAGCGUCAUUGUACAACAAAUUCAAGUCGAAAAUAUACAGAGAAUAGAAAUACAACAAUAACUGGAAAGACGUGCCAGAGAUGGGAUGAACAGGAUUUGAAGGACGCUGAAUUUCCAAAAAUAGAUCUAGCUGAUGCAUCAAACUAUUGUCGUGAUCCUUAUGGCUUUGGUUAUGAUUGGUGUUACAUAGAAUCCUUCCAGCAGGAUCAGACAUGGGAACCGUGUCAAAUUAAUGAAAUAGAUAGUGUUGAACUUAUUGAAGACAUCAUGUUUGAUAAUACCUCGGAUAAUGCACUUAUAUGUGACAAUGGAAGAUUGAUUCAAUCGUAUUUCAAAUGUGAUGGCAAAUUUGACUGUAAAGAUCACUUUGAUGAAAUAGAUUGUGUGUACCCAGGCAAGUUUAUCAACAUUGAAUUUUACUGUUGUGAUUUCUUUUUAAAUGUUGUAAAGUUUUAAACAAGAACUCAAUGGACCGCAAUGUAUAACAAGUUUUAAGAGCAGAAUAUUUCAUGUUGAA